AUGCCUUCUGGUGGAAAGAAAGUCAGCAAAAAACUAAAGCGUGUAAGCUCGCAGAGUGACGCCAAGCCGCCCAGCUCUUCCGCAGCAGUUACUACACCCACUUCGUCGCGUUCGCCCUCACGCCCGCAAGGUCCGACCACUUCCAAGGUCUGCCACUCCAUUUUCGACACCCUCUUGUGUCCCUCACCAUCCACGUGCACGGUUCCAGGAACAAUGGCCCAAUCUGCCGCCAGCUCUGCACGGUCUAGGUUUGUUUUGGCUACAGGCCGGCUCACUCACUUUGACCAGAAACUUAAUGCUCCUGAUGCCCGCACCCCAACCAUCUCUCUUUCUCAAGUCCGCCGGGAACAGAUCCGAGGCAUGUGGUUGGAGGUCGAAUCGGAGUAUCGAGCCUGUUCUGCACUUCUAGCAACAGAGGAUCCAGAUGGUCAAGUUGAGGUCCAAGACAUAUACGAUGAAUGUUACGCGGUGUACGAGCAAAGUUUAGCUGAACUCAACGACCAUCUCCAGCCCCCAACUGUCAUUCCGACCGCGCAACCAGCCGUCCAGGUGCAAAUGUCCAACGAUUGCCGCCUUCCCCCAUGCGACACGGAGGUUUUCAGUGGAGACUACCAGCAGUGGCCCACGUUCCGAGACCUAUUCACCGCCAUCUACAUAAACAACGCCAGGUUGACUCCGGUGGAGAAAUUAUACCACCUCAACCGGAAAACGAGCGGUGAAGCCCACGACAUAGUUGCACAGGCCCCGCUUACGAAUGAUGGGUUUGAAUCUGCCUGGAACCACCUUCGUGAGCGUUUCCAAAAUAAACGGCUGAUACUCAAGGCCCAGUUGAAGAUCCUUUUCAGCUUUCCUUCCAUCCGAUCUGAAUCUGGAGCCGCCUUAAAGGAGCUCCAGAGGUCUGUCCACAAAUGCCUCACGACCCUUCAGCACUCCGAGGUGUCCACCGACAGCUGCUUUGCAGAUGGCGUGCUGGUGUACCUCAUUACCGCGAAGUUACCAAAGGCGACCGUGGAGCUUUGGGAACAAUCGGUUCCGAAUAAAUUCGAGGUUCCGACUUGGCGCGCCAUGAACAAGUUCUUAGAGGAGAGAUACCUCUCUCUCGAGGCGACCGAGGACGGUCAUCCAGGCAUCGAGCCGCACUACAAUUCCCGUCCAAGCCUUCCCACUCCUGCACAUCGACGAGUGAACUCCUUUGAGGGGAGAAUCUCCAACAAGGCGCGCACUUGCGACCUCUGUUCCAGGAGCUAUCAUCCUGUGCGAUCAUGCCCGGUCAAGCUACAUUCAGCAGAAACAACUCUGCUUAAACUGCUUCGCGCGAGGACACCAACUCCGGGACUGCACCAGCGCACUCCGAGUGGCUCCAACUGUGCUCCCAGUCCUCACACCACACAAGCCCCUGCCACCAUACAGUCCACUUCCUCUUCUCUUCCUUCGUCCAACGACUCAGCCCAUGUCCAGAGCUAUUGCGCUACAAAUGUACACCAGGUGCUACUGGGCACAGCAAUAGUGGACAUUUGUCAUGCCGGCACAAGAUACAAGGCUAGAGCCCUGAUCGACUCCGGAUCUGAGGCCACCUUUAUUACUGAGCGGAUGUUCAAAAUCAUUCGGCCCCCCUUCCAAGCCGUCCAGGCUCAAGUCUCUGGUUUGAGUCAAACGGUAGCGGCCAAGGCCCAGAAACUCUGCCACUUCACGAUCGGCUCCGCCUUAAGGCCCGGCCUCCAGGUUGAGACCACGGCGUACGUUCUUCCGCAAUUGGCGGGUAACCUCCCGUCAUACCCUGUACCGCAGAACUACAUGACAGACCUUCCUAAACUCCAUUUAGCGGAUCCCUCCUUUCAUCGCAGCGCGCAGAUAGACGUGCUCAUAGGCGCUGAUAUCCUUCCAUCCAUCCUUUUAAGCGGCUUCCGGUCCAACAUUUGUGGCUCGCUCUUGGGCCAAGAGACUAUCUUCGGAUGGGUCCUAUCCGGUCCUGUCGCAGCUGACUCGUCUCGAAUCAUCUCUUCCUUCACCACGAAGAUCUCGGUCAGCUCUGACGUCCGACUCGAGAAACUUCUCACAAGGUUUUGGGAGACCACGCAGCGAGCUCCCGACGGGAGAUACAUCGUCACUCUUCCAUUCAAAUGUCCAGAAAAGAUAGACUUGGGCUACUCGAGGCCUUCGGCCCACGCCCAGUUUCUGAGAAACGAGCAGCGUCUGCAGCGAAACUUGCCUCUCAAGAAGCAGUACGACGAUGUCAUUCACGAGUAUUUAGAGCUAGGCCACAUGAAACAGGUUCCACCUAGUCAUGACUCUGGCCAUUUCUAUCUUCCACACCAUGCCGUUUUCAAGCCAGAAAGCACAACGACCAAGGUGCGCGUGGUCUUCAACGCGUCCAGCCCGUCCUCGAACGGAAGAAGCCUUAAUGACGUAUUGCAUUCAGGGCCAGUCCUUCAGUCCGACUUGACCACGCAAAUCCUUAAGUGGCGCGUAUUCCGUUACGUUUUCAACGCCGACAUCAAUAAGAUGUAUCGGCAGAUCCUCGUGGCGCCACAACACACUCCCUACCAACGGAUAAUCUUUCGCAAUCCUAACGGGGACGUGUGCGACUAUGAACUCGAUACGGUCACCUUCGGAGUCAACUGCGCGCCAUUUCUCGCCAUUCGCGUCCUAAGGCGACUUGCACAUGAAGUGCAUCCUCGGUUCCCAAUGGCAAGCGACAUCCUGGCCAAUUACAUGUACGUAGACGACGUUCUAGCUGGUGCACAUACCCAGCCUCAGGCAAUUUCCGCCAUCGCCGAGUUGCGAGAAGCACUCGAUUCCGCCGGCUUUCCACUCCGAAAAUGGACCGCAAAUCAGAAGGGCGUGCUGAGCGACAUCCCUCUCGAGCACUUACUGCGAGCUGAUUUCCUCGAGCUCGAAGAAAGCAGUAUCGCAAAGACCUUGGGUAUCCGAUGGCAAGCGAGUGCCGACGAGUUUUUCUUUGUCCCUCCCGAAUUAAUCCAUCGGGAAUCCUGCACGAAACGCAAUGUGUUGUCCCAGAUUGCGAAGCUGUUUGAUCCAGCGGGAUGGCUUGCCCCCUUUGUCAUCCAAGCUAAGAUGUUCAUGCAGGAGGUGUGGUUACGAGAGUUAGGUUGGGACGAGGACCUUCCUGGCGAUCUGCGUCAAACGUGGGAGACCUUCCUGCAGAGUUUUCCGGCCAUCCAGCAGAUCCACAUACCAAGGUGGAUCCACGUCUGUCCGACUGCCAAGGUGCAGAUUCAUGGCUUCUGCGACGCGUCUCAGCGUGCCUAUGGUGCGGCGAUCUACGUCCGAGUGGAGCGGCCGAAUGGCAUAUUCUGCUCUCUCCUGACAGCUAAGACUCGCGUGGCCCCCGUGAGGACGAUAUCCUUGCCUCGACUUGAGCUGUGCGGAGCGGUUCUUCUGGCAGAAUUGUCCGCUGCCAUCCUUCCACAGAUGCCGCUAGACAGUAGCCAGGUAUCCUUCUGGACCGACUCUACCAUUGUGCUGGCCUGGCUGCACAAACCAGCGUGCGAAUGGACCACGUUCGUGGGCAAUCGAGUCGCCAAGAUAGCGCGCUGCAACUCCGGCGAGCUGUGGAGUCAUGUUCGAUCGGAAGACAAUCCUGCCGACCUAGCCAGCCGAGGUAUAGGACCCAUCGACCUCGCGGGAACGACAUGUGGUGGCAUGGUCCUGCUUGGCUGCGUCUUCCGCAGUCACAGUGGCCGUGUCCACUGGACCCAUUCCCGGAGACUGACUUGGAGAAGCGAGCAGUCAAGGUGCUGCAUACAAGUAGCACAUCCUCUGACAUCCUCAGCCGAUUCUCGGAUCUCGGGCGAGCUUUGCGCGUGCUUACCUAUGUGCAGCGAUUCAUCCAACGAUGCAGAGGAGGGUCAGUCCACAAUUCCAACGAGGUAA